UUGCGCUCGCCGCAAUUAAAAACAGGCAAUAAAUCACGGAAUUCCCAACGCUCCCUCCCUCCCUCUCUCUCUCGCGCGCGCGCGCGCCGCGGCGGCGGAGUCCCCAAUCCAAAUCCCCCAUCCCAUCCGCCCCGCGCCGGCACCGGGCACAUCGGCGGCGGCGGCGGCGAAUCCGCUCCGGUGCGUCGGCUCCUUCCCGUCUCCCCCGACCCAAUCCCGCCGCCUCCGCCCGCGGCGGCCCCCAAAUCGCAUUGCGGAUUCGCGGCUCCUCAUAUUUUUUUUUUCUUGCGCGCGUUCUUCGAUCAGAUCGUCGCGAUCGGAUCGGCGCGGGUUCGGUUCCACUUGAGCGGCGCGGAUUCGCCCCCGAUCCGAGGGCGGCGGCGGCGUCUCGGGGGAUAAUCUGCCGCGGCCUCCUCCUGGAGAGGAGCGGAAUGGACGGGGAGGCGUUCCGGAUGGGUGGCCACCUGGGCGCUUCGCACCCCUCUGGCGCCAUGGAGGAUCCGAUUCAGAGCCAGAACCAGUUCUUGUUUAAUGCCAAGUCCGCGCCGCUGCAGCUGCAGCUGUUCGGAAGCCCCGCGGUCCCGGCGGUUGGUCCUUCUGGCUAUAUUAAUUACAUCGGAAACAACCACUUUUCUGUUAUGAACCAAGCAAGGAACACAAACAUUGAUACAGGGAAUGAGAAGCAGCUGAAGCUUCAGAUGUCCUUGAACAACUAUCAUCAACAGGAUGCUGAUCAAUUGGCACAUUUUGGCAACCCAAGUGCUGUGUCAACUGGUUUAAGGCUGUCCUAUGAGGACGAUGAGCACAAUUCGUCUAUCACAUCUGGUAGUGGUAGCAUGUCCUCGUUGCCUACCACGACAUCUCUUGUUGAUGAUCUUAUGGCUGAAAUCGACAAAGAAAACAAAGAGAUUAGCUAUUACUUAAAAUUUCAGGCUGAGCAAAUCGGCAAGCAGAUGAAGGAGGUGAACCAGCGGCGGAUGAUAUCUUUCCUGGCAAAUCUCGAACGAGCAGUAGGAAAGAAGCUGAGGGAGAAGGAACUGGAGGCGGAGGCCAUGAACAGGAAGAGUAAGGAACUCAAUGAGCAGAUAAGGCAAGUCGCCCUGGAAGUCCAGUCGUGGCAGUCAGCUGCUCUGUACAACCAGUCGGUUGCCAACAGCCUCAAGAGCAGGCUGAUGGAAGUGGUGGCACAAAACACCAACCUGACAAGGGAAGGCUCUGGCGACAGCGAGGAGGAUAACGCAGCCUCCAGCCAGAACCUCAACGCUGGAGCACCCGGGGGCUUCUUUCAGUCCAGCCUCCUCGGAGACCGGAGCACGAAGGCAACUGUCGGGCUGGGGGCCUGCAGGUGGUGCCGCGGGAAGGAGGCGUCGGUGCUGGUGAUGCCAUGCCGCCACCUCUGCCUGUGCGUAGAUUGCGAGAGGGUCUCCGAUGUGUGCCCCGUGUGCCGGUUCCCCAAGAGCGGCAGCGUCGAGAUCAACAUGUCCUGACAAGAAUCCUAUGUACGUCAAAGCGCACUGGACAAGCAAUAUACACAGUAACUAGAUGGUAAGCGUGUUCAGUGGUGUACAUGUUAGCAUGGUUUUUUUUCCCCCUCUCUCUUGAGAAGUUCUGGACUCGGUCCAGGUGUAAGGUCACUUCACCUGCUUGGGGUUUCAGAAGGUAAAAAUCUUCAGGUUUGCAUCUUGCAAUCCGUGUGCGUUCUACACUGCAUCCCCUUCUAUUCUCUGGUUUUGCAGAUAGCAUUUUUGGUUAGGCCUUGCUAGCAACAGCAAUAGCAAUAUAUCCGAAAUGGAUCAA